GAAUGCGUUUAUUUUAGAUUCAAAUGACACAAAUGAAUGAAAAGGGACCGGGUGAUGCGUUGCAUGAAGACGUACAAUCGACCAGGGUUCGAUGAUUGUCUCCGGUCGGCUUCCGCAAUAAAAGCGGGAUCUGGUCCAUGCGCCAGCUCUUUCGGUCGGUGACUCACGCGAAAAACCUCAACUUGGAACAAACACUGCUCGAAGUCAACCACGCCGAAUUGACUCGACGAUCAGAGCCCAUCAGACUGCAAUACAUCCUCCCUCGCUCAUCCAACGCCUGCGAUCCAUGGCGUCCAACCCGUACACGUUGUACUACUCCCCCGGCACGGCCAGUCUAUGCGUGCACUGGAUGCUGAUCGAGGCCAACCUGCCCUUCGAUGCGAUCUCCGUCGACUUCGCCACGGGAGCCCAGCACAGCGAGGCCUACCGCCGAUUGAACCCAACCGGCCGCGUCCCCACGUUGAUCGUGAACGGCGAGGCUCACGGGGAAUGCACGGCCCUGCUGAUGCUGCUGGCGGAGCGCCAUCCCGACCGCGGACUGAUGCCCGCAGUGGAGGCUGCGACCCGCCCGCAGUGGCUGCAGACGAUGAUUUACCUGGCCAACACGGUCCUCCCCGCCAUGCGCGACUGGUUCUAUGCCGACAAGGACGGCCCGGCCGAGGGCGCGACUGCGGUGCGUGCCUUGGCUCGAUCACGGAUCGAGGGGGCCUGGGAUCUAUUGGAUGCGCGAUUGGCAGGAUCAGCGGGCUCCCACGGAUCGCCUUCGACAGGGGGAACCCCAAACUACCUUGUAGGGGAGACCUUGACGACGGCGGACCUUUUGGCAGUGAUGCUGAUGCGCUGGUCGCGGGACAUGCCCCGACCGGCGACGACUUGGCCGCAUUUGGCCCCGUACGUGGAUCACCUCACAGCCCUGCCUUCUUUUCAGGAGGUUUGUCGUCGCGAAGGGUUAUCUGAUUGGCCCCCAGCCCGCGAUCAGUGAUGGUGAUGGUGAUGGUGACAGACUGGGGAUGUAAUGAGGA